CUCAGCACUUUACAGGUUACAUUACAGUAGAGGGAGGUACAGUAAGUGCAGUAGGUAUACAGUGUGUGUAUAUUAUAUUUAUAUAGCGCUAACAGGUGUACUCAGCACUUUACAGGUUACAUUACAGUAGAGGGAGGUACAGUAGGUAUACAGUGUAUGUAUAUUUUAGUGAAGAGAAGCAAAAAUUAAUUUCCAUUUUUGCCACAAUUUGGUUUAAAAGAAAAAUCAUUUUUUUCUCCAGAAAGGGAGACAGAUUUCUGUUUGGACAACAACCAGUCACCCCAUAUAUUAACCGUUAUAUCCUGGACUAUUCUGUUUGAUAAAAAGAAAAGCAAUGUUUUUAAAUCUGACAAACCAAUGUCUUUUUUUGUUCUUACUCUAAUAUUAACAAGUGCACGUGUUCAGCCUAUUUUUUCAGCUAAGAUUUUCCAUUCCCCUUUUUAAUUUUGAAUGCCGUCUAUUCUGCGGCUCAGUGAUGGCCAAGUGUUUGUGAUUGAAGGCCUGGGAAUGGAUACAGCUGAGGACACAAACAGAUGAUUUUGUUUAGAGAGACAGAGAUAAAAGGGCACAAUACAAACAGAACAUCAGCACUGACACGCUGGAAGAGCAGCGAGAACUAGGGUUUAGAGGGCUUGUAACAGAGCCAGGUGGAGGUUGCUUAGGAGGAAGAGAAGUUGGAGUUUACUCGAUAUACUGGGGUUCAGAUACAAAACUGGAGAUUAUAGGCAUAAUGUAAACUCUUCAUAGACAGCAGCUUCUUAUUACUGUUUGUCUGUCCUGUAUUCCAGGCUGUCUGUCUGUCCUGUAUUCCAUGCCGUCUGUCUGUCUUGUAUUCCAUGCCGUCUGUCUGUCUUGUAUUCCAUGCCGUCUGUCUGUCCUGUAUUCCAUGCCAUCUGUCUGUCUUGUAUUCUAUGCCGUCUGUCUGUCUUAUAUUCCAUGCUGUCUGUCUGUCCUGUAUUCCAUGCCGUCUGUCUGGCUUGUAUUCCAUGCCGUCUGUCUGUCCUGUAUUCCAUGCCGUCUGUCUGUCUUGUAUUCCAUGCCGUCUGUCUGUCCUGUAUUCCAUGCCGUCUGUCUGUUUUGUAUUCCAUGCCAUCUGUCUGUCCUGUAUUCCAUGCCGUCUGUCUGUUUUGUAUUCCAUGCCGUCUGUCUGUCCUGUAUUCCAUGCCGUCUGUCUGUUUUGUAUUCCAUGCCAUCUGUCUGUCCUGUAUUCCAUGCCGUAUGUCUGUUUUGUAUUCCAUGCUGUCUGUCUUUUAUUCCAUGCCGUCUGUCUGUCUUGUAUUCCAUGCCAUCUGUCUGUUUUGUAUUCCAUGCCAUCUGUCUGUCCUGUAUUCCAUGCCGUAUGUCUGUCUUGUAUUCCAUGCUGUCUGUCUGUCUUGUAUUCCAUGCCGUCUGUCUGUCUUGUAUUCCAUGCUGUCUGUCUGUCCUGUAUUCCAUGCCAUCUGUCUGUCCUGUAUUCCAUGCCGUAUGUCUGUCCUGUAUUCCAUGCCGUCUGUCUGUCUUGUAUUCCAUGCUGUCUGUCUGUCUUGUAUUCCAUGCUUUCUGUCUGUCCUGUAUUCCAUGCCAUCUGUCUGUCCUGUAUUCCAUGAUGUCUGUCUUGCAUUCCAUGCCGUCUGUCUGUCCUGUAUUCCAUGCCGUCUGUCUGUCCUGAGUUCCAUGCCAUCUGUCUCUCCUGUAUUCCAUGCUGUCUGUCUUGUAUUCCAUGCCAUCUGUCUGUCCUGUAUUCCAUGCCAUCUAUCUGUCCUGUAUUCCAGAUUCUCCUACGAUGCUGUCUGUUGCACUCAGCCUGGGGGCAGUGCUGGUGUUUUUGCUGUUGUUGGUCGUACAGCGGGUGCGUACAGAGGGUGCUUGGGCACUGUGGUGGCAUGAUAAUUACCUAGAGAAACUGAAAGAUUUCCUGAGCGGUACGACCCGUCCUGUCCGGAUGUUGCGACACGUGCAGAAAGUGGCCGAGCAUGGCGAUGCUCAGAGUGUCCUGGCAGCGGUGGACUCAUACUGCAGCAACGUGGAAUGGGCCAUGAAUGUGGGGGACCUGAAAGGUAAGAGGUGCUGUCACCCCGUUAUCUGCGUUACUCACAUCUGUUGGCAGUAUACCCGCAGUUAAUAUCUUGUCCCUAAAAGGUCAGAUCCUGGACGCAGUUGUGCUGGAGACUCGCCCACGCUAUGUUCUGGAGCUGGGCACAUACUGUGCCUAUUCUACCGUUAGGAUGGGCCGGCUGUUGCCCCCUGGUGCUCGACUGAUCAGCAUCGAGAUGAACCCGGACUAUGCUCAGGUUGCACGCAAAAUCCUUCACCAUGCGGGACUGGACACGCAGGUUGGUAUCGUGCUACCCCGGGGCAGGAAAGCAGGUGGCUCCAAACUAGCCAAGGCUUCUAUCUUACUCUGUCUCUUCUGUGUCUUCACUUCACCUCCUGACCCAUAGCUCACCCUGAUAUCUAGCGAUUCCCCCUCUCCUUCCUGUACUCAGGGAGAGCAGCCAGCAGAGGGCACUGAACAGCCUUCUGCCCAGCGGCGUUGGCGCCUUCAAGAGGCGCUAAUCUACACCACUCUGCACUGUCUACAACUCCCCCUACAGUUAUUUUCUCGCAAUCCCCCAAACCCACUGGGCUCCUCCUUACCGCGGGACAGAAGCUCAGAGAGACAGCAGCCAGGAAAACUCCAAACCUGCAAGGUGAGGCCGACAUCACCUAUCCACUCACCCCUUCCCCUAACCUUGGUCCUAUCCCACUUAAUACUUCCACUGGAAGGCUAUUCCAGGUAUCUACUACCCUUUCUAUAUCACUGUUACUGCUCCCACUGGAAGGGUAUUCCUGGUAUCUACUACCCUUUCUAUAUCACUGUUACUGCUCCCACUGGAAGGCUAUUCCAGGUAUCUACUACCCUUUCUAUAUCUCUGCUAUCAAUUACUGUUUGAAUUAUUCAGCUCUUUGUAUAAUGUUAUGAUUUGUGUGUGUGACUGCCCCCUAGCGGCUUAGAUUGGGCAAUGCUCUGCUUAUUUCUACAUACCAGUUUUGCAUUGCUUGUGUGAUACACACACUACAGUUAGUUCUGGAAUGUUCUGUUUUUUUAUUACUGUUUUGUUGAAUCUAUAUAAUGGGGAUAAUGAGAUCACACGAGGGGAGGCUGUGAGGUGGUGAGUGUUCUGCAGGGGAGGCUAUAAUGAGGUAAGUGAUGUCUAUUUUGAUUCAUCCAUAACUCUUCAGGUGGAGAUCUUGGUUGGUUCCACCUCUGACCUGAUCCCUCAGCUGAAGAAGAAGUUGGACAUCGACACAUUUGAUUUUGUAUUUAUCGACCAUUGGAAAGUCAGUUACCUCAAGGACACCAAACUGCUGGAGGUAAGUCAGAAAUGUUAUUCUCCAUAGAUCUAUCCAUCUAAAACCUCACCUUUUCUUUUCCCAUCUUCAACCACAACCUCACCCCUCCGUGUCCUCCAUCACAGCCUCACCCCUCCAUGUCCUCCACCGCAGCCUCACCUCUCUGUGUACUCCACCCCAACCAUACCCCCUGUGCCCUCCACCUUAGCCUCACCUCUCCGUGUCCUCCACCGCAGUCUUACCCCUCCUUGUCCUCCACCUCAGUUUUACCCCUCUUUGUCCUUCACCGCAGCCUCAACCCUGUGUCCUCCACCCCAGCUUUACCCCUCCUUGUUCUCCACCCCAGUUUCACUUCUCCAUGUCCUCCACCGCGGCCUCACCUUUCCAUGUCCUCCACCCCAGAUUUACCCCUCCAUGUCCUCCACUCCAGCCUCACCUCUGUGUCCUCCACCCCAUGUUCUCCACCGCAGCCUCACCCCUCCGUGUCCUCCACCCCAGCUUACCCCUUUGUGUACUCCACCGCCACCUCACCCCUCCGUGUCUUCCACCAUCGGCUCGCCACUCCAUGUAAUCCACCGCAGCCUCAAGCCUCAGUGUCACCCCUCCACCGCAGCCUCACCUUUCCAUGUCCUCCACUCCAGCCUCACCUCUCAGUGUCCUCCACCCCAUGUUCUCCACCGCAGCCUCACCCCUCUGUGUCCUCCACCCCAGCUUACCCCUUUGUGUCCUCCACCCCUGCCUCACCCCUCAGUGUCCUCCACCCCAGCCUCAUCCCUCAGUGUCCUAAACUCCAGCCUCUACCAGUGUCGUCCACCAAGGCCUCACCCCUCCAUGUCCUCCACACUUAACAAUAAUGAAGUGGAGCUUUACCUCCACGUGUCCGCCAUCCUCCACUGUGUUUUUACUUGUAGUUUUAUGUAUGAUUCUCCCCUCCCUAGGAGUGUGACUUACUGCGACCUGGCUCUGUUCUUCUGGCUGAUAAUGUAAUCUGCCCUGGAGCCCCUGAAUACCUACAUUACGUGAGAACUAGCCCACGCUAUGAGAGUCAGUAUUUCCCAUCCCAGCUGGAGUACCUACAAGUGGAGGAUGGCAUGGAGAAGUCUGUCUUCUUGGGUUGAUGGGUUCAUUGCAGUGACACCAUUUCUGUGCCAAAACCUGCCCACACCAGGACAGCCAACACCUCACCCCCAAAGCUUCCCAGUCAGCACUGGAGACUAAGGGCUCAGAGACUAGAGGAUAGACUAUGCUAUGCAGACAUACCACCACGCAUGUACAGAUAUAGCAUUGUGUGCUUAGACAUACCACCAGGCAUGUACAGAUAUACCACCUUGUACAUAGACAUACCACCACGCAUUUACAGAUAUACGUCCGUGUACAGACAUACAACCACACAUGUACAGAUAUAGCGCUGUGUGCUUGGAGAUAUACAUGAAUAUAGACAUACAGCCAUGUGCAUACACUGUUCACAGAUUUCCAGUGCUAAACCGCUACGGCAUUGAUGCAAAAUGUUAGUGAAUAGCUAUCAUUAGACAGCCUUGUGUACACUUAUGCCGGGAUAUCAGUAUGAAUUGGCUAUGGGCAGAGUCACAUACAUGCUGUUCUAUGGGAAGGGGUACGGGGUUUUUAUCCAGUGUGGAGUUUGCUCACUAUCUCAGCUUGGCACAUUAAGCACGUUACUGUACAGACACAAUAAAUCAUACAACCAUAUGUAUCAUUCUAUCAUGGCGAGUAUUAAUAGGGGAGACAGGGCUUAUCACAUACCUUUAACCCCUUAAGGACACGUGACAUGUGUGACAUGCCAUGAUUCCCUUUUAUUACAGAAGUUUGGUCCUUAAGGGGUUAAGUACAGGGUGUGCGAUAGAAUACAGAGAAAAGAUGCAGGGGUACAGGGUGUGUCAGGAUAUACGGAGUGUGGAUAUGGGGGGUCCAGGGAGUGUGAGAACAAACUGAGUGUGAAUAUGGGGGGUACAGGGAGUGUGAGAACAUACUGAGUGCGAAUAUGGGGGGUACAGGGAGUGUUAGGACAUGCUGAGUGUGGAUAUGGGGAUACCGAGAGUGUGAGAACAUACGGAGUGUGUAUAUUGGGAUACGGGAGUGUGAGGACAUACGGCGUGUGGGUUUGGAGGUAGAGGGAGUAUGAGAACAUACGGAGUGUGUAUAUGGGGAUACGGGGAGUGUGAGGACAUACGGCGUGUGGAUAUAGGGGUACAAGGAGUGUGAGAACAUACGGAGUGUGGAUAUGGGGGUAGAGGGAGUGUGAGAACAUACUGAGUGUGGAUAUGGACGUACAGGGAGUGUGAGGACAUACGGAGUGUGGAUAUGGCAUUACAGGGAGUGUGAGAACAUACUGAGUGUGGCUAUGGGGGUUCAGGGAGUGUGAGAACAUACUGAGUGUGGGUUUGGAGGUAGAGGGAGUAUGAGAACAUACUGAGUGUGGAUACGGCGGUACAGGGAGUGUGAGGACAUACUGAGUGUGGCUAUGGGCAUACAGGGAGUGUGAAAACAUACUGAGUGUGGAUAUGGGCAUACAGGGAGUGUGAGAACAUACUGAGUGUGGAUAUGGGCAUACAGGGAGUGUGAGAACAUACUGAGUGUGGAUAUGGGCAUACAGGGAGUGUGAGAACAUACUGAGUGUGGAUAUGAGGGGUACAGGGAGUGUGAGAACAUACUGAGUGUGGAUAUGGGGGUAGAUGGAGUGUGAGAACAUACUGAGUGUGGAUAUGGCAUUACAGGGAGUGUGAGAACAUACUGAGUGUGGAUAUGGCAUUACAGAGAGUGUGAGAACAUACUGAGUGUGGAUACGGGGGUACAGGGAGUGUGAGGACAUACGGAGUGUGGAUAUGAAGGUAGAGGGAGUGUGAGGACAUACUGAGUGUGGAUACGGGGGUACAGGGAGUGUGAGGACAUACGGCGUGUGGAUAUGAAGGUAGAGAGCUUGUGAGAACAUACUGAGUGGGGGUAUGGAGGUAGAGGGGAUAUGAGAACAUAGUGUGGAUAUGGAGGUAGAGGGAGUAUGAGAACAUACGGAGUGUGUAUAUGGGGAUAUGGGGAGUGUGAGGACAUACGGCGUGUGGAUAUAGGGGUACAAGGAGUGUGAGAACAUACGGAGUGUGGAUAUGGGGGUAGAUGGAGUGUGAGAACAUACUGAGUGUGGAUAUGGACGUACAGGGAGUGUGAGGACAUACGGAGUGUGGAUAUGGCAUUACAGGGAGUGUGAGAACAUACUGAGUGUGGCUAUGGGGGUACAGGGAGUGUGAGAACAUACUGAGUGUGGGUUUGGAGGUAGAGGGAGUAUGAGAACAUACUGAGUGUGGAUACGGGGGUACAGGGAGUGUGAGGACAUACUGAGUGUGGCUAUGGGCAUACAGGGAGUGUGAGAACAUACUGAGUGUGGAUAUGGGCAUACAGGGAGUGUGAGAACAUACUGAGUGUGGAUAUGGGCAUACAGGGAGUGUGAGAACAUACUGAGUGUGGAUAUGGGCAUACAGGGAGUGUGAGAACAUACUGAGUGUGGAUAUGGGCAUACAGGGAGUGUGAGAACAUACUGAGUGUGGAUAUGGGCAUACAGGGAGUGUGAGAACAUACUGAGUGUGGAUAUGAGGGGUACAGGGAGUGUGAGAACAUACUGAGUGUGGAUAUGGGGGUAGAUGGAGUGUGAGAACAUACUGAGUGUGGAUAUG